CCUGAUGGUGCCUGUUAAUUCUUGGUUUAGGACAUGGUUCAUGGGAAAACAUUGGAAGCUAUGACACAUUUGCCGCCGAGAGUGGUUCGGGCAUUCGGCGCCCUUGCGUUCAGCGCCGACUCGAAGAAGCGGCGGGGGUAUAAAGAGGGGUGAUCGGGUCCAAUAUAGGUAAAAGACAUAGUAACCUCCAUCCAUCCUGUCGAGAACUUUUCCUCUUGUCUGUCCGGCUAUACUCUGCCCAUCAUGAAGAGCUCUAUCUUGUCCCUUCUCGCUAUUUCCGCCAUCGGCGUUUGGGCUCAUGGAGAAGAUGCCGCGAAGGAGAUGGGCGCGGUGGCAUUCAUGUGGCCGCCAGACCGAAGAUGGGGGGAGAAGUUUGAUAGCAACGCGCCCUGCGGCUCGUCUACUGGACCAGUCAACAGAACGGACUUCCCCUUGAUCAACGGAAAGCUAGCCCUCGUUGUGCAAGAUGAGUCAUGGAACGUCCAGGUCUCCAUCUCUCACAAGAACAACCCCACCAGCAACGACGACUUCGAAGCCUUCAUCGAGAAGUCUGAUGUUUCUGAAAUCAAACCCGGCCACGAAUGUUACUCUGUCCCGAACCCUGCUGUCGAUGCCGAAGCAGGGCAAAACGCAACCUUCCAGAUCAAGUACACCAGUGAUAUGGAGACCGACAAAAACGAGACCUACUAUGCCUGUGCCGAUGUGACCUACGUCCCUACCAGCAAGUUCACAUACUCCGUUCCUUGCUUCAACGUGACGUCGGAUGAGUUCACCGCGGUGAGUACUACAACGGCGGGAGCGGGAUCCACCGCCACGGCUGGGUCGUCGAAGGGUUCCGAUGACAAAAGCAAAGCGGACUCGGAGUCGGACUCUAGCAGUGGCGGUGGGAGCUCCGGUCUUUCGGGCGGUGCUAUCGCGGGUAUCGUGAUCGGCGCAGUGGCAGGUGUGGCCAUCGGCAUUGCGUUGCUGUUUGGAUACCGAAGACUGCUGCAGAAGUAUCGCUCGGCGAGGAACCAGGCAUCUGUCAGGAAUGUGGAUUGGGCGGAAAGCGCCAAGGGAGAAGUUGAUCACACUCCGUUGGGGUUGCGGAAGAUUAGGUGAUUGUCUAAGAUCAUGGUCAUGUCAUGUAAUCGUUGCAGAAUCGAUGGCAUGGAGAUGAGGAGAGGUGGGUAAGAGGCAGGCUAGCUGGUGGAUGUGGUAUGAUAAUGCGAUGUAUGCUUCAUGUUUAUGUUAAUGUCUUUCAACCGAGAUAAUCAAAGUUUCUCCUCUAUGAAUGACUAUGGAACCUACUUAUUUCGAUUCACUUCGCC